UCAUCAUCAUCAUCACCAUCUUGUCCAUUUUCUCAACAACAACAACAACAAAUUACAACCAACAACAACAACAACAAUUCACCAUUGUCAACUAUUUAUAAUCCAUGUUUAAAUGAUUUUUUAACAAAUCAUCAACAACAACAACAAUCAUCGACAACAACAACAACAACUAUUGGUAAUAAUUUAUCGGGUACAGCAACAACAACAACGACUAUGAAUAAUGGACAUUAUCAUCAUUAUAAUAAUAAUAAUAAUAAUUGUGGUGGUCAUCAUCCGCAUCCACAUCCGCAUCAAUAUCAUCAACAUCCAUUCAAUAUUGACCAACAACAUCCACAUCAUCAUCAUCAUUUGAAUUUUGAUCAUCAUCAUAAUCAUCAUCAUAAUACAAAUGGUGGUGGAUCGAUUCCGAUUAAUCAAUUUCUUUCACCAUUUGAUGGUGAUCAUCUUCAACAACAACAACAUCAACAUCAGCAUACAUCACCUUCUUCGUCUUCAUCUUCAUCUGCAGCGGCAAAUUUUUCCACUAAUAACACUGAUUUGACAUUUGGCGUCAACAACAACAACGCAAAUAUUCAUGUAAAAGCUGAACAUUCUGGAGCUACAUUUCAAUCAACUACGUCAGCAGCUGAUUUAUUCCUAUCAUCAUCAAAUGAUCCAUCAAAUAUUUCAUCAACCGAUCCAUAUCAUUGGUUAUUUAAUGAUAUUACAACAAAUCCAUUAAGUUUAGCGUUUGGUAAUGAUUUGAGUCCAUUUAUACGAUCAACAUCGGCAUCGUCAUCGGCAUCAUCUUCAACCGUAAAAGAACCUCAACCACCACAAACACCAACGACAACAACAACAACAACAAAUUUCCAGUUUCAAUCGAUAUCGAUUUCAUCGUCAUCAAAUAGUAGCACCACUAGUAAUUCGACUGCAAAUAUUCCGUCAAAAUAUUCAUUAUUACAACCUCGAUAAUUAUAAUUAUAGAAAAUUUGUAAAUAUAGAAAAAAUUUUU